CUCUUCCGGCCCCUCCCCGCCAUAGCGGGGGGGCCUGGCGUGUGCCUGGCGCCGGGGGCUCGGUGAGAGCCGCCCGGGGCAUGAGGAGGAGAAGGAGGAGGAGGCCGGCCGACCCGCACUAUGUGGUACAUCAUGCAGAGCAUCCAGAGCAAGUACUCGCUGUCGGAGCGGCUCAUCCGCACCAUCGCCGCCAUCCGCUCCUUCCCGCGGGACAACGUGGAGGAUCUCAUCGGCAGGGGCGCGGACGUGAACUGCAUGCACGGCACCCUGAAACCGCUGCACUGCGCCUGUAUGGUGGCUGACGCUGACUGCGUCGAGCUGCUGCUGCAGAAGGGAGCGGAGGUCAACGCCCUGGAUGGCUACAACCGCACAGCCCUUCACUACGCAGCGGAAAAGGAUGAAACCUGUGUGGAAAUCCUCCUGGAGUACGGAGCCAACCCAAACGCUCUGGACGGCAAUAAGGACACGCCGCUCCACUGGGCCGCCUUCAAGAACAACGCCGAGUGUGUGCGGUCGCUGCUGGAGAAUGGCGCCUUGGUGAAUGCCCGCGAUUACAACAACGACACACCGCUCAGCUGGGCGGCCAUGAAGGGUAAUCUGGAGAGCGUCAGCAUCCUGCUCGACUUCGGGGCGGAGGUUCGGGUGGUUAAUUUGAAAGGCCAAACCCCCAUCUCGCGGUUGGUGGCGUUGCUGGUUCGGGGAUUGGGUACGGAGCGCGAGGAUUCCUGCUUCGAUCUUCUCCAUCGAGCUAUCGGACAUUUUGAGCUGAGAAAAAACGGCAGCAUGCCCUGGGAGGUGACCAGGGAUCAGCAGCUCUGCGAAAAGCUCACACUGCUCUGCUCAGCCCCUGGUACCCUACAGACGCUGUCACGUUACGCUGUACGCCGCAGCCUGGGUGUGCGGUUCCUGCCGGAGGCAGUGAAGCAGCUGCCCUUGCCCACCUGCCUGAAGGAGUACGUGUUGCUCCUUAGUUAAGCAAAAGACAAGGCGACAGGGCUGUUCUGCACCGGCAUUCGGCUCCCUUCGUCACUGCUUCCUCGUGGCAGCACUGGGGAUGAGGUUGACCGCUUGGUUUGGAACUCGUGGGUGCCGGAUUCCCCUCCCCGGUCACCGUCCCAGUUUUCAUCCUGCUCUGCUCUUCCACCUGGGCUGGUGCAGGGCAGCAGGGAUUCACCAGUGCCACUCACAGACGUCUCCAUGUUGUGUCUCUGCCCGCAACGCCUGCUUGGUGGCUCCUCCCACGCGCUAUCCCCUUGAUUUUGGCCUUGUGAGAUGAGUGAUCCCCCUUUAAUGGCAAAUUAUAUCCCAGCUGUUGGAUUAACCUGUUUUUUUUUCCCCUUUUUUUGCAUUGGGGCAGACUCUGGGAAAGGAAGGCUUUCUGGGUGUGGGGAGAACAGGGAAACCCUCAUUCUUUGAAGGACCUGGGGCAGGAAGUCAAGAGAAGGUGUUGUCGGACCCAGAGAAGUCCUGUGGGAUGUGUCGGCUGGAAGUCUGGUGGAAAAACUCACCUUAAGUGCGUGUAGCAAGCCUGUAUGUUGUGUAAAAGUGCAGGCUGGCACCUUCGCUUGGCGCGAACACCUGCACACAGCCACGGCUGCCCCAGCACGACACCCCACAGACAGGGCAGACCUUGUGUGUCCCCGGCUCCCGGUGCUUCCGGUGGAUGUGGGGCAUCCCUUCAAAACAUGGAAGUGUAUUUUUCCUUUCUUAUCUAUAAUUUUUAAGAUGCAUCAGUGCUGUAGAGGGGAAGAGGGUGGGAACACCUCAAAAGCCAACACUUUGUGGGGCUGUAAUUCAUGUGAGCGGAGGAAAUGUUUCCCUCCCUCUCCAGAGUAGCUCUGCUCAGAGUGCAGAGCGCUCCAUGCCCCUGAGCAGAGGGUUUCCCUCCCGUCUGCCAUGCAAUAACCCACCCGAGCUCUUCCUUUGCUUUGGUUUUGCACCAUCAACUCACCAUUUCGUUGUUGAUUUUAUGUACGCGUGUGUAUAUACAGAUUUUAGGAGGAGGCGUGAGGAUGUGCUGGCAGCGGGGCACCAGGCAGGACCCCCAUGGGCAGCACCUGCUCUCUGUUCGGCACGGCUCGCUCUUGGUGGC